GCUUCUCACACGGCUCUUUGAACAUUACUUCCGGUUUGGAAUCUGGAGUGGGGGAGCAUCGCGUUCGAGGUGCAAGAGGUUUUUGAUCUUGCUUGUAUCCUCGACAUUCCCCAACCAUGGAUUUCCAGCACAGAGCCGGAGGAAAGACCGGCAGCGGAGGCGUGGCUUCUUCAUCUGAAAGUAACAGAGACAGGAGGGAGAGACUCAGACAGCUUGCAUUAGAAACAAUUGACAUUAAUAAGGAUCCAUACUUUAUGAAAAACCACCUUGGUUCUUAUGAAUGCAAGCUUUGUCUCACUUUGCAUAACAAUGAGGGGAGUUAUCUGGCUCAUACACAAGGAAAAAAGCAUCAGACAAAUUUAGCUCGCCGAGCCGCCAAAGAAGCAAAAGAAGCACCAGCACAACCUGCCCCUGAGAAAGUAAAGGUAGAAGUGAAAAAGUUUGUAAAAAUUGGUCGACCUGGAUACAAAGUGACAAAGCAGAGAGAUCCAGAAAUGGCCCAGCAGUCUUUGUUGUUUCAGAUAGACUAUCCUGAGAUAGCCGAAAGUAUCAUGCCCAGACACCGCUUUAUGUCUGCAUACGAGCAGAGGAUUGAGCCCCCAGACAGGCGAUGGCAGUACCUGCUGAUGGCUGCAGAACCUUAUGAAACCAUCGCUUUUAAGGUCCCAAGUCGAGAAAUAGACAAGGUGGAGGGGAAGUUUUGGACACACUGGAAUAGAGAGACAAAACAGUUUUUCCUUCAGUUUCACUUUAAGAUGGAGAAGCCUCCAACAGCACCUACUAUGCCUCUAGCUCCACCUGGUAUUAAAAGACCUGCUCCUCCAGCCAUGAAUGGGAUACAAACUCGUCCUCCAAUGCCUGAAAAUAUGCCUCCUCCUCCUCCAGGAGGACUGCCUAGGCCCCCAAUGCCUCCUGGGACACCUGCACCCCCUGUACCUCCACCACAGCUUCCACCUGCCCCAGUUGUUCCUCCUCCUGGAGUACCACCUCCGGUGCCACCACCUUCUCUUCCUCCUCCUGGGGUUCCACCACCUGGUGUACCACCAAUGCCUCAUAAUCCUGCAGUGCCCCCACCUGGUGUUCCACCUCCAGGCAUUCCUCCUCCUGGCCUUCAUCCUCCUGGGGUGCCUCCACCCCCUGCACCUGGUGUGCCACCCCCUCCAACACCAGGAGUUCCACCUCCUCCUGCUCCAGGGGUGCCUCCUCCACCAGCCCCAGGUGUACCACCUCCAGCACCUGGUGUUCUCCCUCCUGGCCCUAUGCCUCCAAUGAUGAGGCCUCCUUUACCUAGUGAUGGACCAACAAAUAUUCCACCACCACCUCCCAACAACUGACGUAUUUCUUUUUCAAAGAUAAGACUAUUUUGUAUUGUAUUAUGUUUUAAAUCAUUAAAAAAAUCCAACCUUUGAAA